AUGACUACCAAGCGAGCUUACAAGCUACAGGAAUUUGUGGCACAUUCUGCUGCUGUCAACUGUCUCAAGAUCGGAAGGAAAUCAUCUAGAGUUUUAGUAACAGGUGGGGAAGAUCACAAGGUCAAUCUCUGGGCUAUUGGUAAGCCCAACGCCAUUCUGAGCUUGUAUGGGCACUCGAGCGGAAUUGAUUCAGUGACGUUUGAUGCUUCGGAGGUCUUAGUUGCAGCAGGAGCUGCUAGUGGUACUAUCAAACUUUGGGAUUUAGAGGAGGCAAAGAUUGUCAGGACUCUCACUGGUCACAGGUCGAAUUGCACCGCAGUGGAUUUUCACCCUUUCGGUGAGUUUUUUGCGUCAGGCUCACUAGACACAAACCUUAAGAUAUGGGAUAUAAGGAAAAAAGGUUGCAUCCAUACUUACAAGGGCCACACUCGAGGAGUCAAUGUACUCAGGUUCACCCCAGAUGGUCGCUGGGUUGUAUCUGGAGGAGAAGACAACAUAGUGAAGGUGUGGGAUUUAACUGCUGGAAAACUGUUGACCGAGUUUAAGUGUCAUGAAGGGCAAAUUCAAAGCCUGGAUUUUCAUCCUCAUGAGUUUCUGCUGGCAACAGGUUCAGCUGAUAGAACUGUAAAAUUCUGGGAUCUUGAAACUUUCGAGCUAAUUGGUUCUGGUGGACCUGAGACUUCUGGGAUCCGUUGCCUGAGCUUUAAUCCAGAUGGAAAGACGGUGCUUUGUGGAUUGCAAGAAAGUCUGAAGAUUUUCUCGUGGGAGCCAAUUAGAUGUCAUGAUGGAGUUGAUGUUGGAUGGUCAAGGUUGUCAGAUAUGAAUGUUCACGAGGGAAAGCUUCUUGGUUGCUCAUACAAUCAAAGUUGUGUAGGCGUGUGGGUUGUAGAUCUCUCGCGUACUGAGCCAUGCAUGGCUGGAGACACUGCUCAAGUAAAUGGUCAUCCAGAGAAAAGAUCUUGCUCAGGAAGAGAUCCAGUAGUUCUCAAUGAUAACAACCCAAAGACUAUUCCCGGGAAGCUGUCCGUUUCCCAGAACGUAGAUCCUCUAUUGAAGGAAACAAAGUCUCUAGGACGAUUAUCUGUUUCUCAGAACUCUGAUCCUUCGACAAAAGAAUCAAAGUCCAGUGGAAGGUCAUCGACAUCCCAAAAUUCAGAUUCUUCGAUGAAGGACUCAAAGCCUCUCGGAAGGAUGUCAGUUUCUCAAAGUUCAGACGUUGCUAAAGAGUCAAGGACGUUGUCAUCCACGGGAAGUCUACCAAGCACUCCUCAUAGGGUCAAUUUAACCAGUGUUUCAAAAUCUGCUUCUGGUCUUUCAACCACUGUCUCUAAUGGUGUAACGUCAAGGAAGAAUUUUACAAAACCCAACCCAAAGGCCAAUCCUGUCAAUAAGGCAGCAGAUGUUGUUCCGGUGAUUGUCCCCAGAGCAGACCCUAGAAUAGAGCAGGCGACUGAAUCCAGAGCAGAACUUGACAUAAUUGCAAGAACAAUGCCUUAUUCGUUGCAGGCGGCUGAUUCUAGAAGGUCACCUAGCAACAGAAAUAACUCAGACAUUUUGGUUCUUGAAAUGUCUGAGUCUCAGCCAGUCGAACCAAAUAAUGUACCAGAUGAGAAUACAUUUCCUGGUGGCAAGGGUGGCAUGAGGGGUGCAGCUGAGCGAAGCAUCAAUGAUUUUAGACACAGGAGAUAUGGCAGGAGUGAUUCAAGGUCACGACUGAGAUCACCUCCAAGAAACCACGAUGAAAACUAUGACUUGGUAAGCCACAAAUCACAUAGAGAUCCAAGUCCCACUGAAAGUCAGAAAGGAGGAAGAUUCCAGUCACUCGUCAUAAAUAGGGAGAGAAGAGGAAGAUUUUCAAACUUUGAGGGUCCUGUUUCGAAUUUUCCGGCUGGAAAUGGGCCUGCUCCAAACAUCCGCCCUUCAAAUAUGUUCAAGCAGAGAGGGAACCAUAUGCCAGUUGAACAAGCGACUGAUUCUCCUUCUGAUGAUAAUAUUGUUGAAGACAUAAUGGGGAAGCACGAUCAGUUCGUCAGCUCCAUGCAGUCUCGUUUGUCUAAGUUACAGGUAGUUCGUCGAUACUGGGAAAGGAAUGAUGUUAAAAACUCGAUAAGUUCGAUGGAGAAGAUGGCUGAUAAUGCUGUUACUGCGGAUGUACUUGGUAUAAUAACCGAGAGAAAUGAGAUCUUGACGCUGGAUACUUGUACCUCCCUUCUUCCCAUUCUAACAUCUCUUCUAGGAAGUGACAUGGAUCAGCAUUUGAGCGUUUCCAUGGGUUUGUUGCUUAAGCUGGUUAGAUUGUAUGGUUCACCAAUUUACUCAUCACUCUCGGCUCCAGCAUCUGUUGGUGUAGAUAUCGAAGCUGAGCAAAGGAUGGAGCGCUACAACCGUUGCUUUGUGGAACUAGAGAAAGUCAAAGCCUAUCUUCCUUCUCUAUCAAGAAGAGGAGGUUUGGUGGCCAAGUCUGUGCUUGAACUCAACCUAGCAUUUCAGGAAGUUUCAUCAUAA